AAACGUGUCAGCACCUAACCCCACCGGAGCCAUAACCGCUUUUUUUCUCUCCAUAUUUUUGGGCUUUAGCAUCUAAAAUCUCUUUUCCUCUAAUCAACAUAUACUUGUUUCUCACUUUUGUUAUCGUAACGAAUUACAGUUAUACGUAAUGGAAGGAACUUUCAAUUUCAACGAUAAUUCCUCUUCCGCUUUCAGCGACUGCGACAGUGACAGAUCCACCGAAUUCACCACUACAACUGAAAACAGAAUCCAACGUCUUCUCAUUACAUGCGCUUCCGAUAAUUAUUCCGACGAACUCAUUCGCCGGUUGAUUCUCGAUCUCAAUUCCUCUUCCAUUGAUCAACAAAAACAAGCUACAAUGGAAAUCAGAUUACUUGCCAAAAACAAAUCAGAAAAUCGUCUCAGAAUCGCAAAAGCCGGCGCUAUCAAACCGUUGAUUUCACUUUUAUCAUCACAGUCACCGGUGAUGGAUCUUCAACUGCAAGAAUACAUCGUGACAGCGAUUUUAAAUCUAUCACUGUGUGAUGAAAAUAAAGAGAUUAUCACUUCUUCUGGUGCGAUUAAACCUAUGGUAAAAGCUUUGAAAACAGGCACUCCAACGGCGAAAGAGAAUGCAGCAUGUGCUCUACUUCGUCUCUCACAGACAGAAGAGAAUAAAGGAGCAAUUGGAAGAUGUGGUGCAAUUCCGGCAUUGGUGAACCUUCUAGAAAACGGAGGAAUCCGCGGGAAAAAGGAUGCGUCAACGGCUUUAUACUCGCUGUGUUCGGUGAACGAGAACAAAAUCAGAGCGAUAAAAGCUGGAAUAAUGAAGCCUUUAGUUGAAUUAAUGGCGGAUUUUGAUUCGAACAUGGUGGAUAAGUCAGCGUAUGUGAUGAGCGUGUUGGUGACGGUUACGGAGGCGAGAACGGCUUUGGCGGAGGAAGGAGGGAUACCGGUGUUGGUGGAGAUUGUGGAGGUUGGGACGCAGAGACAGAAGGAAAUUGCGGCGGCGAUUUUGUUGAAGAUUUGUGAAGAGAAUGUGAGUUAUCGUGUAAUGGUGUGUCGUGAAGGUGCUAUUCCUCCUUUGGUUUGUCUUUCUCAGUCCGGUACCAUUCGCGCCAAGCACAAGGUGGAGACACUAAUAGAGCUUCUACGGCAACCAAGAUCUAGCAAUGCCACUGUACGUGCCUCAUAAAUAUCAACAUAAACCCUACCAGAUAUCCUUUGUGCUCCCCAAUGUACUCCAACAAUCUAACAGUGAUACAUAGUUAAUGGCUUAAAGCAGCACCCACCCCAAAAGCUUCAACCUGUAUAUACACCUUUGUAACGAAGCAGCUUUGUAAAAUUGUGAUAGUAGUAUAAAUUAUGCUAGCUUGGUAGUAGUACUUAGUAUGCUUUGCUUUUAUGGCAAUACUUUUAAUUUUGCCUGUAACAGAGUCUCUCUUUUUAUUUUGUUAUGAAUGUUAUGAUAGACUAUGAAUUGACAUUGAUUUUGCACUAUAGUGAUCGUUCUAAAUGUGUGUUUA